AUGUCAUCAAUCGAUCAACCAUUGAAUGACGGGAUUCUGCUUGUCACUGGAGGCGCAUCAGGCAUUGGUUUUGAAGUGGUGAAACAAGCUUGUGAACUUGGUACACGAGUCCUCGUUGCGGACCUCAAAACAACACCCGACUUCGACAGCUUCGCAGCCGGCAAAGACAACAUCGUCUAUGUCCAAGCCGACGUGACGCGCUGGUCCGACUUCGACAAGCUCUUCGAUGUGUGCGAGAAGAAAUGGAAUGAUGCGCCAGAUGCAUAUGCCAUAUGCGCUGGACUUUUCGAACCUGACUUUUCGAAUUUCUGGCAGGAUCCGGAAAAAGAUGAGGGGUACAUGCAGGUUGAUGUUAAUGUGAAUCACCCGAUCAAAUUGACGAGGUUGGCAAUAAGGAAGAGCUUGGGAAAAGGAAAGCGGGCAAGUGUUUGCAUCAUCGCAUCUCUUGCGGGCAUCGGCGGCAACCUAGCAGCACCCCUAUAUUGCGCAACCAAACACGCUAUCAUCGGAUUCGUAAAGUCUCUCGCAACUAGUGAACCCCUGACUGGAGUCAAAAUUACCGCUCUCUGCCCUGCUGCCGUACUGACGCCACUGUUCGACGCCACAAAGAUGAAGCAAUUCUCUCUCGAUCCAGAGGCAGCACUAACACCAGAUACAUGUGCGAAGCAUCUCUUAGAACUCUUGCAGAAGAAGGAAUAUCCAUGCGGAAGUAUGCUAGAGCUCACCCUUUCUAGCACGAGAAAAAUUCCAGAGUGGGGCAUAGAACCCCCAGCAGGUAUGGGCACUGGCCAAGAGGUCGAUGAGGUCUCUAUAAAUAAUUUGAUGCAACCAAUCAAUGGCAUAUUGGAUAUGGAAAAAACGAAGUUGUAA